CCCUUCCUUUUCUUCUUCUUCCAUUCCUUCCCAGAAUGUUCCCCAAAUGGCUGAAAUCACCAAAGACAAACAGUGGAAACUCCAAACCAAAAUCUCCACAUUUCUCCUCCACUUCAUUCAAGGACAUCAACUCCGUCCUCAAAGAAGACGAGCCCUUCCGCUCCUACCCCUCCGUUUUCCACCGCUUCAAGCUCUCCACCUCCCUCCUCCGCUCCUUAUCGGCGAAGAAGGCGGAAAACGGCCACCACUCCGAUGAGCGUGUCGUGCUUUACUUCACCAGCCUCCGCGUGGUCCGCAAGACGUUCGAGGACUGCAAGACCGUCACAUCGAUCCUGCACGGAUACGGCGUGCCGAUCGACGGGCGAGAUUUGUCAUUGGACUCGGAUUCCGUCGUCGAGUUGCAGAGGAUCGUCGACCGGAACGAGAUGAAGAGGUCUGCGUUACCGUUGGUUUUUAUCGGCGGGAAAUACAUCGGUGGGGGCGAGGAAAUCAAGCGGUUACAUGAGUGUGGGGAACUGAAGAAGCUGAUUGGUCGGUCACCUAUUAUUGUAGGGUCCAGUGUCUGUGAUAUAUGUGGAGGGCUGAGAUUCGUUCUUUGUCGUGAGUGUAAUGGUAGCCAUAAGAUCUAUUGUGAGAAAUCUGGGUUUCGAACUUGUAACGAGUGUAACGUAAACGGUCUCGUUAGGUGCCCGUCUUGUGGCCCCGGUCACCAUCGAAUGGCCUACUGUUUUUCUUAG